AUGGACAGACAAGCUCUUUUUCAAGCUUUGUACCAAAAUCAAAACAUCCCGCCCAAUGUGGCGAAUGCAUACUAUGCCUGGUGCCAGUCGAUUCUACACGGCCCCAGAGGCAGCGAGGAGGACCAGCUGACCAACUUCAAGCGAGUCGCCGAGGAGCACUAUCAGUUGAUGCAUGAACAGUUGACAAAGGUGGAGGAGACUUAUGAGUCGCAACUGGACCAGUGGGAGGAGAGCCUGAAUCACCAGGACACGGAGCUGAAUCAGUUGCAGCUCCAGCUGAAGAACGCCGAGCCGGCCCCUGGUGAGGACUCAGCGACCUCCUCCUGCUCCACCGACACUGAGAAGGCCCGGACCAUCGGAGCCACGGAGUCGGGAGCGACCAUUCGAGUUCACCGGCAGAUUUGUAUGACACCUGGCCACAUCUGUAGAUAG